CCGGCCUUUCAAAGCGGAAAGGUAAUCGGACAGAUCGGACAAUUCAUAGGUAAUUAUGCUUUGAAAGUAACAACGUUUGUGGUAAGAUGUCUUCUCCAAAGAGCUUUUCAGGGGAAGCCAGGAAACAAAAUGGUUCACGGAAAAGGAAACGUCCCGAUUCACAAGACUCGGAUUUAAACGGGAAAGCAAGAAGCAAGGCUGUCUGCGUGUCACCGCGUGAACCCGCUAUCUUGUUUGCACCAGACUUGACGAUUUCGUCUCCUGAGGAACAAGUUCCAGACAAUUUAGAGCCAAUAAGUUUACAGGAUGCAAAGGAUGGAAAAGCAACAAGGCCUAUUCGUGUUUAUGCAGACGGUGUAUACGAUGUGUAUCAUUUUGGACACGCAAGGGCACUGAUGCAAGCGAAACAAGCUUUUCCGACAGAAGUUUAUCUAAUGGUAGGAGUGUCUAAUGAUGACUUGACACAUAAGUACAAGGGAUUCACGGUCAUGACAGAGGAUGAAAGGUACGAAUCCCUGAGGCACUGCCGUUACGUCGAUGAAGUUAUUUGUGAUGCUCCUUGGGAAGUUACUCCUGACUUUAUUGAACUUCAUAAGAUUGACUUUGUUGCACACGAUGACUUACCUUACAAGAGUGCUGGUGCAGAUGACAUUUAUAAGCAGGUCAAAGCCAUGGGGAAGUUUGUGGCCACUCAGAGAACAGAAGGAAUUUCUACAUCGGACCUGAUUGCAAGGGUGGUAAAAGAUUAUGAUGUAUAUGUCAGGAGAAAUCUGGCCAGGGGUUAUACUGCUAAAGAGCUGAAUGUCAGUUUUAUUAAGUGAUGAUGAUGAUGAUGAUGGCAUUGAUGAUGGUAGUAACAUGCCAAUUUAAAUGAUUAAGAUAUAAACACUAUCUCAAAUUCAAAUAACUGCAAGUUAUUUGUCAUUAUUAAUAGCAAUUUAUCAACAAAAUUGAAUGAUUAAAUAUACUAUUAUUUUUUUAUAAUUCUGUUUUUGGUGAUGAAGAAGAGAAUCAUUAACUUCCUCUCCAGAUUUUUUUGGCAUCUAUUUGGCACGCUGAGAUAGAUAUGGAUGUACCACUAAGCUUGAAAAGUGUAAGUAAAGAAAGCAAAGCAAAAGAAUGCAGCAGUUAACCUUGUAACUCCUAAGAGAUCUGAUCGUUAAUUCUCCCCUCUAGCUGCGAUACAUUUCCUUGUUAAUUUGUUACUUGAAUUUGGAGUUUAAUCAAGGUAACAACCUCUACCUGAUAAGUUAAGGUAUUCUCAUUACCUAUUUGCUGGAUAAUGUGUGAAUAUUUAAGGGAGAAGAUACAUGUUUAUCACUUCUGGGAAAUAAGGGUCAAGAUGCUAACAAGAUGUGAUGGAUCGCUUGAGAUGUAGGUUUAAUUUUUUGUUUUUUUUUUUGCUUUUGCUUAUUUAUGCCAACAUUGUGAAAAACAAACAAACAUGAUUGUGUGCGCCACUUCUAUGCUGUAAUAGCCCUUUUGAAAAGAGAGGCUAAUGUUAAAGGUUUCUUAAAAUAUGAAGUUCAGUUCCAUUUGGAUGUGAUCAUAAAGAACUAUUUUCUCAUUGAAAUCUCCAUCAUUGACCUCAAUGUCAAACAAAAGCUUUAAGAAUCUUAGAAAUGGCUGACUAGCUAUAGCUUUGUGAUGCAUUUUGGUCUGGAAUAGGCUGGGGAACAAAAUUAAUAUAUCAUUAAUAGCAAUUAAUGUAUUUGAAGAAAAGAUUAUGGAUUGAAUUAUUUAUGUUUGUACAUUACUUUGCAAAAGAUUGAGAAAUCUACAACAUUUGAAAUACACAAAAAAAAAUUUUCAAAGACAUGUUUCAACAUGGCUUGUGUCAUCUUGGUCAUGGCUUAAAUAUACCUAAGCUUCAAAUCUGAAAAUAAACUUGGAUACAAUGGGAUUACAAUAUUUCUAGCUAUUGAUAGGAUUUUCUGAAGCAGUUUGUGUUUCAUUUUCUUGUCUCUUCUAUAAACAAAAUUAAUGAAGAGGGAAACAUAAAUUCAUUAAAACCUCGUUUUGUAUACUGUUUUUCGAAGGAAAUUGGAAUAAAAGCAGAUGUAUGCAAUUAUAAUGAAACAAAAGAUCACACAGAUGGGUGGUAUUAAUUUCACAUUGUUUAUAUCUGUUUUUGUCUUUAUAGCUUGUCUAUAUAUAUACUGGUACUUUGUAGUAUCAAUUCUUUGCCAAAUGAAAGAUGGUGUAGGAGACGUGUCUUAACAAAGUUUUUCUUCUUUUUAGAUGUCUUUUUAUUAUUUUGUUUGCUAAUAUGUACACUUUUGUACAUAGGAUGAUCACUUGUAUUAUUUUUAUUAUUAGUAGUGGUUUCAAAAAAUUGAGACUUGAAAAUGUGUAUUUGUCAUCCAGAGGCCAACAAAUGAGCAAAAGGCCAUCUUCUAACAAUAAUUUAGGAUUUUCUAAUUAUCAUAUGAAGUCAAUAAAUCUAAUCACAAGUGUAGUUUGCUUUUACCAAAAAAAAAUUUCCUAAUGGUACUUAAAGUAUGUAGUUUGUAACCUCCAUGAUUUUUGAAGUAAUUAUCUUACAUGAUGUAGUACUGAUGUCUUUAGUUAGAAGUUAAAAGUGAAUCUUACCUACGAGCUGGCACUUAGAGGUAAAUUGAAACACAAUGUGGAAUCUUUGUCUUAAAACUGCAAGGAAGGAUGAUUACAAAUAAUUUUUUAUUAUUGUUUGAUAUUCAAAUAAACUUAUUUUCUAUUUACUUCUUUGUCAAACCAAUAGAAAAUUAAAGAAUAAUUAACUUUGAAAA